AUGGGUCUUCCAGCUAUGCGCGAGGUUCAGGAUGGCGCCCUGGUCGCGAUAAUCCGACCAUUCCUCGGAAAAGAUCGCACCGAAAGAGGCAUCUCCGCGGGUGGUCGAUUGCUGCUUUCCUACUCCACCACAGGAGAGGUUUUGUCGCAGAUAAAGUAUGAAGAUGAACUGGACGGUACCCAAGAUACGAAACUGCAAGUGGUAGUCUAUGAGGACGCCGACAUGCGAGAAUCUGCAGUGGAUGCGAAAGCCCGCUCGGCAGACGUCUUCGGGACAUUUUUCCUGACUUCAGGGCGGGGACCCGAGGCAGUCCGCCCGACAUGGAAAACACCAGGUUCCGGAAGGAUACCUCGAGAUUUCAACCUGACCGCUGAUAAUGAUGGCCUCCUUGGAAGACCCGUCUUGAUCAUGGACCAGCAGGGCCUGGCCAUUGGACACGGUAUCAUUGGACGGUCAUGA